CACACAGCAGAAGCAAUUGCAAGACAGGGGGCUUCGCGACUGCUAUUUUUAAGCAACUGGCCCCACAGGAGGGAGAGAUCUGGUUGCAGCUGACCCAACGCAACAUGGGCAAACCGAUACUCUGGGUAAACAGGGCAACGUCAAGGCAAUCACUGCCUCGCCCGCCCGCGGCACUACACGCAGCUCUCCAUCCAUGGUCCAAAAGCUUUUCUUUACCAAGACGCGCCGCCGUGUCCCAGCGGCCUCCGCGAGGAGACGACACAGGCGCAAACCGUCUCACCACCCUCGGCACUGUUGUUUGCCGGGCCCGUCCGCACCCCCUCACCUGAUGCUAUUUAGCCGCAUAGGUAAGCAGCAAACGGGAGGCCUCUAAAAACGUCUCUGUGGGAUUCAGGGACGAGCGCGUCGCUGCGGAGGGUCCCAGGGCGGCCGCCAUCCUCCCACAGCGGCCCUUGACCACCCCGGGUGUCUUUGCCAGCGAGCAAGGAAGUUGGACUUUGCGGUGCGCCCGCCCGCACUCAAUUCGGGAUAAAGCUGCCUCAAGCGGCGGCGGCGGCGACUCCAGAAAGUGAGGCGAGCGGGCGGAAUCCUCCCUCCCCUUUCAGAAACUUCUGUGAACGCAGCGACGUUUUCGCUCCGCCUCUGCGCGUUGGUUUAUUUAUUUAUUUUUUAGGGUUGUUGAGCAUGCGCAGUAGCGAGAAUGACGCCACUGCCAUCACAUUCGAAACUCUAGUCUAGACCUUAUUAAAGCUCAAGAACCAGCUUCUUUCUGGUUGUUAUUUUCACUAGAAAUGCGAGUGGUCAAACUGUAGGCACUCCCUUUGGGUUAGAAAGAAAUCAGGCUCCCUAUUGUUUUCUACAUUUCCCAGGUUGAUUUGUUGAAGGGUUCAUUGAGCUGGUUUAUGCUGUGAUCGCAUGGCUAUGUUUUUUGCAAAAUAACAUGUUUAGUAUUUUAGCUCCGCCCCCCCAAAAGGUGGCCCAUUUUUUUUGGUCAGUCGUGUCAGGAUUUGUCAUUUGUGUGUGUUUGCAAUUCUGAAACAAAGUUAUAUAUAUUUAAAAAGAGAGAAAUAAAUCAGACUCACCUAUAUUUGUUAAGUGAUCUAUGCUGCUUGGAGGGAGUCAAUCCUCAUAGCAGAAUGAAGCAGGUGCAUUUAUUGUGUCAUGUGGUCAAGCACAUUCUUCAUCCAUCAUCGUAGAAAAUGCACCAAUUUUGGCAUCACGCACGCUUUCAUCCCAGCUGAAAACUGCACCACGUUACAUCUUCUGCACGUUCAGAUGAACGGAUCUGUGUCUUCUGUAUUGUGCAAAUCUAAUUCCGCAAUUCAGAUAUUCAGCGCUUUUCAGCCACUGAAAUGGCUGGUGUAGGUGCCUGUUUCCUCAUUAAUGGGCAAGCGAAGGGUAAGGGCAGUGCUUUUUUUCUAAAAAAAAAUGUUUAGGGGGUACUCUCAUUUUGACUCAAGAAAAUCACCAUUUUAUAGUUCAAAUCGGGAAAAAUAAAUAUAGUAAAUGGACAAUAGUACAAAGAUUCACAAAAUGUUUAGGGGUAUGUGUACCCCUGCAUCGUCCAAGAAAAAAAGCAAUGCAGAUAUUUAUUUCGAAAUUCUGCAGAUGGUUUUAAAGCCCAGCACAAAUGUAAUCAUAAUGACGGAGGCUGCAAUCCUAGCCACACUUGGCACAGAGUUAAGUCCAAUUACAGUUAACCCUGUGAGAUUUUCCUUACAAUAAACAUGCUUAGGAUCUGGCUCCAUGUCCCACUGAAAAGUCUUGUUGCUUUUGGAAGAACAUGCAGUACACUCCUAUGCAUGUUUUCUCAGAAGUAAGUCCCACUGUAGUCAAUGGGGCUUGCUCCUUAGCAGAAGCAUUUAGGAUUGCAACCCUAGUUCACAAUUAACUUUUGCUGGAUAGGGGGCAAAAUCUUGCUAGAUGUGUUAUUGAAGCAAGAAAGGGGGUAUUUAUUCUGCAUGAUACAAUUACAGCUGGAGGGUAUAAUCUGAUAUAUGGUGUGCAUUUGUUAUUCACACAAAAUAGCAAGUAUUUUGGGGAAAUCCUUCGGUUUUUUUAAUCCAUGGAUUAAUUUUAUUCUUUUAUCCGUCUCUCUCUCCCAUCUCCCAAUAAGUCAGAAGGCCCAUCUGAUUUUCUAUUCGAAACCUUUCCACCCUCUUUUCUCUUUGUCACCUCACAUGUUUAUGGAAAACCUGUUGUCUAAAUGCAGAAAAAUCUGAACAACCACACAGCUGGUUCUGUUUGCCAGAGGGAGCUGCUGUUUCUCAUGCAGCAGCACUGCAUGAGGUAUAAUAAACUGCCACUGAAGAUGAGGAGACCUUGAAAAGCAGUUUGCGACAUUCAGUUUUUGAAUUCUGCUGCUCAAAAGCAUGCGGGGGGGGGGGGAGAGCAACAAUCCUAAAGGGAAUGUCAAAUCCCUUGGGUGCCCCUAAACCGGUUGUUUAUUUAUAUUUAUUUAUUUAUCACAUUUAUUUCCCAUCUUUCCUCCAAUGAACUCAAGUUGGCAUUCAUGACCCCCCUUCCUCACCAUUUGAUCCACACAACAACCCUGUGAGGUAGGGUUAGGCUGAGUGUCUGUGAUUGGCCCAAGGUAAUCCAGUGAGUUUCAUGACUGAGCAGGGAUCUGAACCCUAGUCUCCCAGGUCCUUGCCAGAGAAAAAACAGGAAGGGAAACAAGUAUAUGAACUAAUUUGUCCAAGCUUUAGAAUACAGUGCAAACUGAGUUGCUUGUGAUAUAAGCUAGUUAUUGUACCAAUUAUUUUGAUUAUUUGUCUCAUCUGCCAUCUAUAUCAUAGCGAUGUCUCCUAGCAAACUGUGACCUAAUAAGUUAUUGUAAGCAAUUUCAGUUCAAACCCUGCAAAGGCUGUAUAUUGGGACUGAAAUAUACAGUCUUUGCAGGGUUCCAAGUGAAAUUGCUUUACCUCUUAAUUGAUUCCCAUCUUCACAAGAGAGCUGAGCAAGGUCGAGUUCCAAUUUCAGAGAGUUUCUUGAGCAGGUAGCAUAAGAGCAGACGGGCCUUUCUAAAAAAUAUUGACUUGGAAGCUGCCAUGUACAUUUUAAUUCUUGUGUAUUGACCCAUUCAUUAUUUUGGCAUGUAGCCCAAAGGACAAUUUCAGCAUUGUUCUGUGUUAGAAUAAUUUGGAAGUACAGUGGUACCUCAGGUUACAUACGCUUCAGGUUACAGACUCCGCUAACCCAGAAAUAGUGCUUCAGCUUAAGAACUUUGCUUCAGGAUGAGAAUAGAAAUUGUGCUCUGGUGGCGUGGCAGCAGCAGGAGGCCACAUUAGCUAAAGUGGUGCUUCAGGUUAAGAACAGUUUCAUGUUAAGAACGGACCUCCGGAACGAAUUAAGUACUUAACCUGAGGUACCACUGUAUGGUCACCAGGCCUUAAAAAGUCCCAUAUCCCUGGUAUCCAAGGCUUUUUUUAGCCGGAACUCACCAGAACUCCAUUCCAGCACCACUCCGUUGGGUGCCAUUACUAUUAUAAGAGAACAAGGGAGGCAUUCAUGGUGAGUUCCAGCACCUCUUUUUCUAGAAAAAUAGCACUGCUGGUAUCAAAUUGCAACCAAAAAAUUCUUUAAAUGAAAAACAGGCAUGGAUUAGAAAGAACAUCUUUGUUUCUUUUAAAUGUAGUGCACCCACAGUUUUUCUCCACAACUGAUUCCGUAACAGUUAAGAAUAAUAGAGUUGCCUUUUUGUCCUACAGGAAUUCAUUUCUGAAAACCGCCGCCAUGCUUCUCCACUUCUCAAGAGAUGUCUUAAAAACAGCAUGCCUCAAUCUUCAAGGUUCCCAAGUACAUCGGUGUUUGAGAAUCAUGAGAAAGCCUUUGAGCACGGGCGCAACUCCUCGCAGCCGAAGGAGAGUGGUUGUCACAGGCAUUGGGUUGGUGUCACCCCUAGGUGUCGGAACGGAACUUGUGUGGAACAACCUUCUCCAGGGAAAUUGUGGGGUCGUUGCUCUUGAAGGGGAGGAAUAUUCGGCCGUCCCAUGUAAAAUAGCCGCCUGUGUGCCGAAGGGGGUUGGCGAGGGCCAGUUCCACAGAGAAAACUUUGUGUCGAAAUCAGAGAGCAAGGCCAUGUCAUCUGCCACCAUCAUGGCCAUAGCUGCUGCCGACUUAGCAAUAAAAGACUCUGGGUGGCAUCCUCAAUCUGAACUGGACCAUUUGAAUGCUGGUGUGGCAAUAGGGAUGGGAAUGGUUCCGCUGGAAGACAUUUCUGACACGGCCUCCAUGUUCACAACAAAGGGUUACAACAAAGUCAGCCCGUUCUUUGUUCCAAAGAUCUUGGUCAAUAUGGCGGCAGGUCAUAUUAGCAUCAGAUACCAGCUGAAAGGACCCAACCAUGCCGUAUCCACGGCCUGUACUACAGGAACACAUGCUGUCGGAGACGCCUUUCGAUUUGUAGCCUACGGUGAUGCUGAUGUGAUGUUGGCUGGGGGGACGGAGGCUUGCAUUAGCCCCUUGUCUCUAGCCGGGUUUGCCAGAGCUCGGGCUCUGGCCACUAGCUUUAACUCAAGCCCCCAGCUGGCUUGCCGGCCAUUCCACCCGCUGAGGGAGGGAUUUGUCAUGGGAGAAGGUGCCGCAGUUUUGGUUUUGGAAGAAUAUGAGCAUGCUGCACGGAGAGGAGCUAAACUGUACGCGGAAAUUUUGGGCUACGGACUCUCAGGUGACGCUUGCCACAUAACAGCCCCUAAUCCAAAUGGGGAUGGUGCCCUCAGGUAAAAACCACGAACAUUUAAAUGAUUGUAAAGUUGUUUUCUAUAUUGGGAAUCAAUCCAUGCAUUAGAAAUUCCCUAAUGUUUCAUACUUAUUUUUGAACUUCCCAGCCCAGUCUGGAAGCUGUCAUAUAUAUUGAGUCAGACUGCCUUAGAUAGCUCCAUAUUCACUGGUAUUGACUGCUGUCCAGGGUUUCAGGCAGCAGUCUCUCCUAGCCCUACAUUGAAAUCUUGGAAAUUGAACAUAGGACCGUUUGUACACAAAGCUUGUGCUCUAGCACUCAGCCAUGGCUCUGCAGUGUACUCUGAAUUCUGUGACAUGUAAACAACAACAACAACAAGAAUUCAUUAUUUAUACCCCGCCCAUCUGGCUGGGUUUCCCCAGCCACUCUGGGCGGCUCCCAAUACAAUAAAAGAUCAAAGAUUCAAAACUUCCCAUGUCUUCUAGAGGUCAGAUAGUUGCUUAUUUCCUUGACAUCUGAUGGGAGGGUGUUUCACAGGGCGGGCGCCACUACCGAGCAGGCCCUCUACCUGGUUCCUUGUAACCUCAAUUCUCACAGUGAAGGCCCUCAAAGCUGGACCUCAUUGUCUUGACUGAAUGAUGAGGGUGGAGACGCUCUUUCAGGUAUACAGGGCUGAGGCCAUUUGGGCUUUAAAGGUCUGCACCAACACUUUGAAUUGUGCUUGGAAACGUACUGGGAGCCAAUGUAGGUCUUUUAGGACCGGUGUUAUAUGGUCUUGGAGGGCGGCCACUCCCAGUCACCAAUCUAGCUGCCACAUUCUGGAUUAGUUGUAGUUUCCGGGUCACCUUCAAAGGUAGUCCCAUGUAGAGCGCAUUGCAGUAGUCCAAGCGGGAGAUAACUAGAGCAUGCAGCACUCUGCCACCAGAUGUCUUCUAAAAGUCAGAUAGUUGUUUAUUUCCUUGACACCUGGUGGGAGGGCGUUCCACAGGGCGGGCGCCACUACCGAGAAGGCCCUCUGCCUGGUUCCCUGUAACAUCACUUCUCGCAGCGAGGGAACCACCAGUUAUAUUUUGUCUGUCAUAGAUAUUAUUACUUAUUGGGGACCCUCAAUUUAUUUUUGGGCACUCCUCUGCCCCACCUGCAAAAGAGUGUACAAAAUUGUAUGUGGCAUAAAGUGUAUGCAAAUUUUAUGCAAAUUUAUGCCUUCUCUUUUGAGUGCAGCAAGGGCCUCAAUCCAUAUACAAUAUACCAGACCCAGAAAAUCUUGUUUGCUCACCUGGCCAAACCAUGAUCUCUCAUUCAAUACUGCCUUGAAGCCAAUUGUGAGAAUUAAGUUAGAAAAGAACUGUGAAGCACUUUGUAUCUGUUCAGUAGUCUUCUAGAAAUGAUUAAUAAUAUUGCAGAAGUAAAAUUAAUCCCCCUUACCCAUUUUGAAUGGCAAAGGACAUAGGACAAUGUUUACCUACGUUAAUUAGAUAUGCUUGUUCAGUUUCAAAGAGACAUGGCUGCUACUAGUGUUUGUGGAAAUAUUAUUUCCUUUUAAAGAUGGCAAGUAACACAGCAGAACAUUCAAGAUAAUUAAUGCCUUCGGCUCAUUAGGACUGAAUUUUCCACUUCGGCAUUAGCUUGGCCAUAGAUUCUAUGGAAUAUUUCAAUUAACACGACCUAACAUGCAAGACAAAUGCAUUUAGCCCUGCCUUUAGGAUGUAUCCUAAGGAACUGAUUCUUACUCAUUUUCAUCCACUGAGGCUGCAUGUUGAAUACAGAAUGGUGAUCUUGUGAAGUUGCACGAUGGAUGAAUGCAUGAUUGUAGUUUUAGGGUUUAAUCGCUUUCAUGCACAGUGGUUGCAUUCACAUGCAACACUAAACCGUGGUUUAGCGGCACAUGGAUGAGUCUCCAUGAAGCUGAGCAGAGGGCUGAGGUCACGCACUCCUCCUCCUACACAGUUGGGAGGAGGGCUUGUGCCAAGUUUAGUUUACUUUCAAAGAAUCUUGGCUGAGUAUUGUGUGGGAACUGAUUAAAUCUGCGAGCCACCUUCCUUGCCCCAACCUCCAGCCCUGGGAGCCUUUCCCAGACCAUGACUUUGAGAACAGCAGAAGCAGCUGGGAGGAGAGGAGUUCAGGUAUAGGCUUUUGUUGUUUUUUAAAAAAUAAUUUUAGGUUGUGUGUCCCUGUUUCUUAAUUUAAUCCUUUUGCAUCGUUUUGUAUGAUUUGUGGUGUUUUAUGUAUUACGAUUUGCCGCUAUUUUUAUUGAUUAUGGAUUAUUUAUUGUAAUUAAUAAGUGUAAACUGUUUAAUUAUUACUUGCUGAUGUUUAAUUUUAGUGUGUACUAUUGGAUUCUAAUGUAUUAUUGAAUACUGCUUUAUUUGGUAUGAGUUGUUUAUUUUAAAGUUACUGUGACUUUUUAAAUAGGAUCUGAAUGUUACUACAGUGGUACCUCGGGUUAAGUACUUAAUUCAUUCCGGAGGUCCGUUCUUAACCUGAAACUGUUCUUAACCUGAAGCACCACUUUAGCUAAUGGACCCUCCUGCUGCCGCCGCGCCGCCGGAGCACGAUUUCUGUUCUCAUCCUGAAGCAAAGUUCUUAACCUGAAGCACUAUUUCUGGGUUAGCGGAGUCUGUAACCUGAAGCGUAUGUAACCCGAGGUACCACUGUAUUAAUGUUUGAUGUUUUAUUAUUAUUUUUGUGUGUGUUGGAAGCUGCCCAGAAUGGCUGGGGCAUAUUAUUAAAAUAAUAAUAAUAAUAAUAAUAUUCAUAGUUAGACAGUGGCAAAGCUAAACUUGACAGAAAUGGUACUUCCAGCCACACUGGAAGAAGAGAGAAGGCAGAAGAGUGUUUGAACUCGAUGCUUGGUUAGGUUCGUGGAGACCCUUACGCGUGCUGCUAAACCCUGGCUUAGUAUUCCAUGUAAAAUCAGGCUAAUGUAUGAACUUAAGUAACAAAAAUCUCUUUCUUUUUCAUUCUCCUCCCCUAGAUGCAUGUCAGCAGCAAUGAAAGAUGCUGGAAUUUGCCCUGAAGAUGUAACAUACAUCAACGCUCAUGCCACCUCCACUCCACUAGGAGACGCCGCAGAGAAUCAGGCUAUUAAAGGACUCUUCAAAGAACACGCAUAUUCUCUUGCAGUUUCCUCAACAAAGGGAGCAACAGGCCAUCUUUUGGGUGCUGCAGGAGCUAUUGAGGCAGCUUUCACUGCUUUGAGUUGUUACCAUGGAAUUUUACCACCUACUCUAAAUCUAGAUAAGACGGAAGCACCGUUUGACCUCAAUUAUGUUCCGCUAGUACCCCAAGAAUGGAGAAGUGAAAAGCGGCGUAUUGCUCUCAGUAAUUCUUUUGGCUUUGGUGGAACUAAUGCAACACUGUGUUUUGCUAAUGUUUAGCUUUACUGUCCAUGUAUGCAUUAUUUUUUUAAAAAGAUGAUCUGUUAAUGGCCUGAAAAAUGUGUAGCAAUGCAAACCUCUGUGUCUCUCCCCACUUGUCCCUGCCCCAAUUCAUUCCUUUUUUCACUUUUAUUCCUUUUAAAGUUUAUACUCAAACAAACAGUAAUGUGUACUUAUAAUGUUUAGGCUGAGGGCAUCUUUCCAUAAGUAUUUAAGAGUUUUGCUCCAUAUCUGCAAGCAGAAGGAAAUCACAAUUCGUAACGGCUUCCUGUUAUGGGGGCAUCCACAUUUAUCAAAUGGGAAGCAGUAUGGGUUUGUUGCUCAGUUAUAGUGCCAAACCAUAAUUUAGAAUUAUAUUGACCCCAGACUCGCCUUCCCUCCCUUUCUAGGCCGAUAUUCCCUCCAGAGCUUUCUUUGUAGCAAACCAUAGCUUGCUGUUCAAAGAGGCAGGUUAUGCUUUGCACUCGCCUGUGAACUAGGAUCACAAACCAGACCCAAACCCUGGUUUGGGACAAAGCCCAAGGCUUCUUGGGACUUACUCAUAGAAAUGCCAAGCUAUGUUUUGCUGUUAUUAUUGGUAUUUUUUGUUGUUAUUAUUCAUUUAUAAAAUACCCAAAAUUUCCUAGGCACUAUACAAACACUCCAGAAUAAUAAAGCCCUUCUCUGUGGGAUUACAGUUUAAGCAGAGGCAACACAAAAGGAAAAAAAGGGGGGGAGGAAGUGGAAAGAAAGCAAGAACCUUACAUAAUUGUCAUUAUGAUGACUGGGGUAAAUGGUGACAGCUCUGGGAGGUGGGGGUCCAAAUGGCAACUGGUUUCUCAGCCAAAUUAAUGGAGCGGGUUGUGCUGUAGCAAGGUGGAAUAGCUCCUAAUAGAUGGCAGCUUAGGGAGAUGAGGAGCCAAAUGGCAGCAAGACUCUUAGAAUCUUAUCAGUCUUGAGGAGCUCUUAGUGAGAAGGUAUAAGCCUUCUCUUCCAAAGUGACCUAGAAAGUCCAGUCAUUCCUGUACUUCACUAUAUGAAGGUGAGUAAACGUGGAACACAAGACUAUUCAUGAGCACACACCCUCCCGACUUGUCCUCCAGCUCCUUGCACCAGCGUAAAACCUCUUGGUCGCAAACAUUGCUUCAAGUUGAGUGGAGUGCUGCUACCAAAAGCCCUGGAUGGAAGGAUAGUUUCUCCAAAGAGAGAGAGCCAGUGUGGUGUAGUGGUUAAGAGUGGUGGACUCGUAAUCUGGUGAACCGGGUUCGCUUCCCUCUCCUCCACAUGCAGCUGCUGGGUGACCUUGGGCUAGUCACACUUCUUUGAAGUCUCUCAGCCGCACUCACCUCACAGAGUGUUUGUUGUGGGGGAGGAAGGGAAAGGCGAAAGUUAGCCACUUUGAAACUUUGAAAGUGAUAAAGCGGGAUAUCAAAUCCAAACUCCUCCUCCUCCUCCUUCUUCAAACAAGCAAGGGUCUUUGAAUCAUUAAAAUGUUUCCUUUUGCAAAGUAUUGAAGUUGGGAGCUCCUCACCAUAUACUGUCUACAUAAUUCGGCAGAUGAUUACACAGCACAGUUCAAAAUGCAUUCGCCGCUCUCAUUUUGACAGCGACAGUAAAAGAAUAAUAAAGAAAUCCUCAAUAAAUUUCAUAUUGAAAAACAUUACAGUGGAAGCAUGUCUCAGUGAAAAUGGAGGAAAAAAAUAUUUGUUUCAACUCUUUGGAGUUAGUGCAUCUAAAGCAUAGACAAUAUUUACCCAAAAAGCUGUGUCUUUCAUAACAUCAAAGAAAUAUAUGUAGGUCAUAUGCUUUCUCCCAAAAACCUACCUUCACACUGAAAGCAGAUGAUUUCUUUUAGGCUGUAUGCUGUUUAUGUCCUACUCAAAGUUGUGUAAAGAGUUUUUACAGUUCUCCAUCUUUGUAACCCUAUUUGGAGCAGGGAUGAACAUGCUCGCUCUAGGCCCUCACCCUACAACCUGUGGAGGGCCACUGUGUAAAACGGGGG